AUGCGUUGUCCGGUAACGUUCCAAUCGGUGGUGACGCUGUUGGUGUGCGUUGGGCUGCUCGUCCCAUUCGUCCGUACCAUCGAAGUGCACGAGGAUGUCAACGAGGGCCCGAUCGGGGCACAACUGCGCGUAAACGCGAGCAUUCCGCAUACCAACGCAACUGCACCGAUGGUUAAUGAACGCAAUGUAAAUGACCUACCGCCCGCUGCGCCACCGCCCCAUCUGUACCACCGCGGUGAAGAAACCGCCACCAUCGCUGGUGGCGAGCUGCCGGUUGCAACUAAUUUCACCGCAUUUCCCAGCAAUCAUAAACAGCAUUCCGGUGCGAGCGCAGGGCACGGGCAAACGUCAUCGCCAUUAACGACGGAAGUUGUUGCAAUCGCUGGCAUAACUUCCUUCCCACCUGCGCCACCCUCCCCGGUGGCACCACCAGCCCCGCAAACGCCACCGGCCACCGGGUUGUCGUCCUUCCGUGCAGCAAAUGGUCAUUUGUACCCAGGCCGAGGCACUGCGACGAUCGUGAACGAUCGGUCGGUUCAGCACCAAAUAUCCGGCUACCGGAAACGCCAACUUUAUGCAAAUGCUGCACCACGCCGAAACAUUACCAACGGCAGUUCCGAGGGUCAAUUUACCAAGGAGUUUGUCCCAUCGCCAGAGGUGAUACCAUUUUUCACCGAGGAAAACACGGCACCGGGAAGUCCAACCGCCGGCACAGUAGAUGCAUCCUAUCCUACCGGACCGUCCGACGGUGACUCACGGUGGUAUGCAGGCGGUAUGGGACUCUCAGGCAAUGGGUACAUUAAAGCCCCACCUGGUGGUACAUCAUCGGAGGAGGCGGGAAAAUGGGAGCACAAAUACACCUGGACGACACCCGCGAUGCGGCACCAGCAUCAGAACGUGCAAAUAAAGUUCCCCCAGGAUGCAGUACCUCAGUUCCCAUCGCCCAAGGGCAAGUGGAAAUGGAUCCCGGAGGAGGAGAACGAAUCAACUGAAGUCGCCAAGAGCCAACGGCCGAAAGUGGGCGAAACGCCUUUUUCUUCGUCCGGAUCAUUGGAGGAACACCAUUUCGGGCGGCAUCAGUACGUUUUUCCAACUCCGUCCAAGAACCAUCCUUACACGUUCGAUCGCUCUCCGGCAGAGGGCGCUUUUAGCGUUGAUCCCGUGACAGUAAGCAAUAGCAGUAGCAUUAGCAGCAGCAACAGCGCUAGUGGCGUUAGUACAGAGAGCAGUGAAACAAACAAUGCGAUUGGAAGUCUAACGGACGUAAAGCUCGUCGGUAAAGAGGAUGCGCAUCUGAAAGGUGUUUCACCGUGGAAGAAAAUCAUCCACGUUCUGAGUGCAGCCAUUCCGAUCGGGUUGCUAAUAUCGGCCCUCACGCCACAGGUCGUUUACAUCAACCCGAACGCCACGCAACCACCGAUACAACUGCAGACACCGACCCCCGUCAGUGGGGCAGGUUUGGCCGGCACGGGACUUCGUCAGCGCAGUCUCGGACAGGAUGUGCCACGAUUCGUUCUAGCCCAGCGUGGCCUCGGUGCGGAUCCGGUGGCACUGGUCAAGCUGCUCCGUAAGCUGAACGCGCUCGAGCAGCGCGACACGGUCCGGUCCGGUUCGACCGUAGACGACGUCGAGGGCAUGAACCGUUUAAUGGACACCGGCAAGCUGCUGGGCUGCGACUGGAAGCUGCUCUGCCAGCUCGCCCGCCAAGGAAUGUCCGGCACGGGUACGGACGCGGUCCACAAGAUGCUGUGGAAAAUUGUCAGCGAGACCCCACCGGAAUGGACGGGACGGCUCGGGCUGGAGGAAAUCUUCCGCGUCAUACGGGAAGGUGAUUGCGAUCGGUUGCAGCGCACCUGCGAUCAGGACACUUGA